CGGGGUGGGGCAGGCGGGGUGGGGGCCAGGGACGCCCUGGCUGCGCGGCCACCUUUAUUCCCUCCCCGCCUCGAUCCAGGUGUGGCCGGAAAUUUGGGAUUUCUGAGCGUAUUUCAAAAGGGCUGGGCUCUAAAAGUUGCCUAAGACGGACCAGGAUCUUCUGGGGUUCUGAAGAGCGUCUCGUCGCCCGCACUUGCAGCUGGUUGUCGUCACCUAAUGCACUGAGAGCCAAGCACCUGGAGGGGCACCUGCCCGUCUGAAGGGUGGCGAAUCCUCGGGAGUGGACCCUGCCAGGAAGUUGUGUCGAGAGCCAGGAAGGUUUGGGGCACCCUCUGUCUUUAUCCACCAAGUCCUUGAAAAGUCAUCAGCACACGUCCGUGACACUGACACCUGCGGUUCACAGGGCAUCCUUUUCCUGCAGAGCCCGGGGCAGCACAGGAGUGGACCCAGGGCCCAGCGCACCUCAGGGCCGCUGGAGUCGGCUCAGGCCAGGCGAUUUCAGGGGCUAAGAUGUUGAGGAGACUUUGGGAGCCCACUGCAACAGUCCAGGCUGGAGACGAGAGAGGUGUGGACCGGGCGGUGCAGGCGGGGGACGCCGUCAGACGUGCUGGGAAUUUUGAAGGAGGCGAUGGAGGGGAGCUGGUCGUGAGCACUGCGUGCGGCCGGUGGCGGUGGCCCCUGGACAGCGAGAUGACCCCGGAGCACAGGGACGUCCUGGUACUGCUGCCCACGCGGGAGCAGCUGCGGCUGGUCGUGGGGGUGCAGGCCACCGGGCGCGAGCUCUUCCAGCAGGUGUGCGACCUGACGAGCAUCCGGGAAGCCCACUUCUUUGGCCUCAGCGUGGUCAGAAACAACGAGUAUGUAUUUAUGGAUUUGGAGCAGAAGCUCAGCAAAUACUUCUCAAAGGACUGGAAGAGAGAAAGGCAUACAGGAGCCGGGCGGUCCCGGGCCCCCUUCGUGGCCUUCCUCAGGGUGCAAUACUACGUGGAGAACGGAAGGCUCAUAAGCGACAGGAGGGCCAGGCACCUGUACUACUGCCACCUGAAGGAGCGGGUGCUGAGGUCGGAGUGUGCGCAUCGCGAGGAGGCCUACUUCCUGCUGGCCGCCUACGGGCUGCAGGCCGACCUGGGCAACCACCGCGAGGCGGCCCACUCAGGGCGCUACUUCGAGCCACACGCCUACUUCCCGCCGUGGAUCAUCACAAGGAGGGGCAGCGCCUACAUCCUGAGGCACGCACCCGCCAUGCAUCGCGAGCAGCGUGGCCUGAGCCCCAGGGAGGCGGUGCUGCGCUUCAUCAGGGAGGCCUGCCGGCUCGAGGACGUGCCCGUCCACUUCUUCAGGCUGCUCCAGGACAAGAAGGGAGAACAGCCUACCAUCGUCCUGGGGCUGACCCUCAAAGGAAUGCACAUCUAUCAGGAGGUGAACCACGCUCCGCAGCUGCUGUAUGACUUCCCCUGGUCCCACGUUGGGAAGCUGGCCUUUCUGGGGAAAAAGUUCGAGAUCCGGCUGGACGGCCUGCCCUCGGCCCAGAAGCUGGUGUACUACACGGGCUGCGCCUCACGCUCCCGUCACCUGCUCCAGCUGCUCAGCAGCAGCCACCAGCUCCACCUCGCCCUGCAGCCCCUCUUGCGGCAGCUGCGGGAGCUGGAAGAGGCUGAAGAGAAGAAGUGCUACCGGGAGUCCUACAUCAGCGACACGCUGGAGCUGGAGCUGGACCCAGCCGGCGGGGGCUCCCCCAGUUCCCCCAGCAGCAAGGACAGCGGGCAGCGUCCCCCCCACCGCCUCUCGCUUCUCUCGGCCGAUAGCCACGGCAGCUCCCACACGUCGGGCGUGGAGGCCGACUCGCGGGCCCUAGAGCCCGGGGAGAUGUCGGUGGACGAGCCCUUCGUGUCAGAGCUGUUCUGCGGGCAGGUGCCAUCCUGCAGCUCUAGCACCAGCCAGUGCAGCAGUGGCAUGGAUGGUGGCGGGCCCAAGGGGGACGCCCGGGACCAGAGGGAUGGUCCCGGAGGCGGAGGACCGCGCCCCAAGCCCCGCGCCCGCCCCGCCCAGCCGCCCCUUGGGGCCCGCAGAGCCCCGCAGAUGGGGGUCCACGGACUCCCUCUCCCUGCGCCUGCUCGGGGACGACCAGCUCCCGCAGGAGUUCGUGGUGUAGGCGCCUCGCCACGCGGCUCCGCCCAUGCGGGGCUCGGUCCACGCAGCACGGCUCCCCCGACGCUGGGCUCCAUCCAUACUGCACAGCUUGGCCCGCACGGGCGGGGCUCGGUCCUGGCUGCACGGCUCCGCCCACGUGGUCCUCCGUCCACACUGCACAGCUUGGCCCACGUGGGACUUCACGGUGCAGGGCUCCAUUCAUGUGGUACAGCCCCGCCCACACAGCACCUCAGUCCACGCCGCACAACUGGUCCACACAGUGCAGCUCCACCAGAGCCUCGCCAGGCUUCUACCUCAGGACAGUCUCUGACGCUCGCCCCUUUCCACCCAGCUGGUGGCCUGGUGACCAGGGUUUCAGGCGCUGCCCUCUCUGCCCUGGCCGUCUUUUUCCUGUGUCUUCACCUGUCAGAGAUGUGGAGGCUGCUCUGACAUCAGGCCUGGAGAUGAUCAUCAGGUCCCACUUUUCCUGGGGACUACGGCAGGUCCAUGCCCUCUCCAUCCGGGUCUCCAGGAGGCAAAGCCAAAUUCUGGCUGUCCAGACUCUGGCCUAGUAGGGGUCGGCGGUGCUGGCCCCCCUUCGCCCAUUCUAAUCUGGGAGGGAAGGUGCCUUUGCUGCCCUGGACGAUCAGGAGAUCCCCAGGGUUCCCUCUGCCACCGACUCCCUGCUGGACGGUCAGACCAAGCUUGAAAGCCUUUUGGGAGUCCUUGAGCUCAAGGUCACGGUCAUUGUCCCUGCACUGGCCACAGGCUCCCCCUGGACCACUUGCUCAGCCGUCGCUGUCCCACAGAGGGGACAGAGGCCCCUCUGUGAGGUGUGGGCCCAGCUCUGUUCCUCCAGACCCUGGCAGUGUCCACCAUACACAGGAGGGACCAGGCCCAGAACCACACAGCUAUGUGGACACCUGGUCCCCUGGGAGCUCCUAAAAUCCCGCAGCAGGAAGCCGGAGAGGCGGUUAGGGUAACCCGCAAAAGCCGUCCUCUGUUUUCUGAUACACCCGCGCUCUGCCAGGAGGAGGGCCGCCAAGACAGGGUGGAGACCUCAAUUUCUUCCUUCUUUCCCUCCCAAGUCAGGCUGUGAAAGAAGGAGAUGACGCCACGGCCUUCUCCCCACCUCCUCCCCUGAAUACCCAUCCAGUCCAAGGGCCCUGACCUGUCGUCAGCAGGGCCGUCCAGGGCUCCCAGCCGGGGUCAGCACUGGUCACCCUCUAGGGGUCAUUGCCACUGGGCCCCACCUGGUGUCAGGGGACUGGAUGGGAAGUGGGGGCACAGAUGGGGCUAGACCGGCCGGCCACGCCCCUCCGUGCCCCGUACCCCUCCCUGUGUCUGGGUGGGAGACCUUCUUCCUCACUUUCACCCCGUCUCUGGCUUCACAUCCGCCGUCACAGCUUCUGGAGCUUCAUACUCUAUGCCGAGAGCGAUUGCUGGAAGCGUGUUCUGCCGGGGACUGUUGACUUUCCCUCGAGGCAGCACCCUUGGUGCACUAACAGCAGGCUGUGCGUGACAGCGGGUGCAUGGUCCCAGCCCGGGUCCCACUUGGGGUUGGACCCACAUGGGUCUAGAGCACGGUGACGGUGUCUGCAGGCCUGGAGGACCGUCCGUAGUUAAUGGCUGUGCUUUCCUUCAAAGUCGCAGCGCCUUGCUGGGGCUGAGGUGCACUCCCCUCGCCCCCUCCAGGGCCCGGCUGGCAGGUGGCCUUCCUCCGAGCACAGUGAGGAGUUGCUGGUGCUGAGUCCAGCUGGUGCAGGGAGCCGGCAUUAGCAGACUGGCACCUGUGUCCGCAGGUGGACGGCGCGGCUGGUGCUGCACCUCACCUGCUCCUGUCCCCGGGUGGGCCCUGCAUUCCUUCCAGAGGCUCUGGGAGGGGCCGCUCCAGAGCAGCUGGGGCUCGAUGGGUGACAGCAUCCUCCCAGCCUGAAGCUCGUGACAGGCACCAGGGUGUCCAGUGUGGCCUAAUUUACCUGUGGAUCCCUCAGCCCUCUCCCCUUGCACAGGAUCCGCGCACGCACCUUGCUGUCCUCUUUUUCUAGGCAAACUGACCUGUAGUUUGCCCUCAGAUAGUCCCCAGUACUCAGCAUUCCCGCACAGCCCUGUGCCCCAAUACGUCUUCAUCCCUCACUGCUCUGCUUGGUGCUGUGAAGACCCCGCAGAGCAUGUUCAUCGCACAUGCAUUUUGGAGAUGGAGGGAGGAGCUUGAGCCCGAGAAGGGGGCAGGGGAUGUGCAAGGAGGUUGAUGCCACCUGGGGCCGGGACUCCUGGUCCUUUCUGUGAAAGGAAAUCUCGUGUGUAUAUACUGGGCAUGUGUAAUAAAGAAUCCAAACACA